GGUCACGUAGAAAGUAUUUUUGACUUCCGUUUCCCUUUUUAACAAUCUUUAUGCGAAUUUCAUAUGAUAUAGAUUGAUUUUCUUGAGUUAGCUGAAAGUGUGUAAGAUAUACAUACACUCUCCACAUCCCUAGUCAUCCUGGCAGUGGGAAUCAAGCACACACUAUUUGAAACCUCUCCAUGGAAACCCCAAUCAAUCGUAUUUUAUUUUAUGUUCAAUAAGUCAGCAUGGAUUGAAGGUUAUCAUUAAAGUGCUCAAUCUUCGAACUCCUGACACUUUGGAAUGCCAGCGAUAGGCUCCACGCAGCGUAAGCAUGGAGUCUUCCGUUGAAAAUGCUCAUAGAUAUGUAGCAGAUCCACCAGAUAUAAUACAGAAGCUCUGCUUUGCUGAAGAUUUAAUAUAUUCAUCUAAAGAGCAAGAUGUUAACGUUGUCUACUCACGCUAUCCUCGUAAGGUAAUGAUAUGCUCAUCGAAACAAGGUGAUGCAAUUCAAAAGGCGCGUGAAGAAGUAGUAAAACAUAUCAAAGAAACGUAUGACUGUAUAGUUGUCAUACACGAUCGCUUAUUACCUUCCAUAGAAGCGGAAGCAGAAAAACUUUGGGGAGAAAUCCACAAUAUGUAUACAAAACCAACCAUGUUAACUGAUAAAGAUAAUGAUGCAGAUGUAUCGGUGGCAUAUGGUGAAAUUAACACUGAUGAUGUUGAUCUAAUUAUCGUCAUUGGAGGAGAUGGGACAAUAUUAAAAGUAAUCAAGAUGUUCACUAAUGCUAUACCACCAGUAAUAGGACUCUCCAUGGGAUCAAUGGGAUAUAUGGUAAAAUUCAACAUGGAUGAAUUAAAAGAAACCCUUAGUAAUAUAUGUACAGCGGGUCUCAGAGUCUCCAGGAGAAGGAUGCUACAUGUUGAAAUUUACAGUGAUACGGGCGUCCUAAUCGCCCGUAGAAAUGCACUCAAUGAGUGUGUAAUUGACAGAGGUUUGUCCCCUUGCAUCUCUACAUUGGAUGUUUACUAUAAUGGGACGUAUUUUACCACUGUAACAGGUGAUGGAGCAUUAAUUAGCACUCCUAGUGGAUCAACUGCAUAUUCAAUGUCCGCUGGUGGGCCGAUUGUUCAUCCAUCAGUGUCAUCAAUGUUGUUUACCGUAAUUUGUCCACAUUCAAUUUCAUAUAGACCGGUAGUAUUGCCAUAUGACGCAGUGCUGGAUAUUUUAGUACCUGCAGACAACAGAGGAUACGCUAGACUUUCCGUUGAUGGAAACUACCAUUGUACCCUGAAACAGGGGUGUUACGUACGUGUGUAUUCUUCGAAGGUUGCAUUCCCCUUAGUUUUGCCAAAUAACACUCAGGCAGGCGAGGAGUGGAUAAGAGCUUUAAGGGAACACCUACAUUGGAAUUAUAGGGUCAGGCAGCAAACACUUGGCCUAGAUCAUCCAUUACAAUAGAAUUACCG